GUCAAAAGAGGACUUUGGUCUCCCAGAAAGACGAAGAUGGAGCUUUACCGUAUUUGCGUUUUAUUAGCCGUAUUUACUGCUGUGGCCAGUUUCCCAAUUGAUUGGAACAAGUUACCUAAGAACUACGAGAAUUUGCCUACUGCAGACUUAAUUUUAAUUUACAAAUAUCUGAAAAGAUAUGAUGAUCGCUAUCAAAAUUUGGCCAGGCCAAGAUUUGGACGAAGCGUUAUGGUCUCUAAUAUCGAUACAAAAACUUUUGAGUGGGAGCUACAUUCCUUUGAUAUCGAUAUAGAAGCUUUCGUGAGGUUGUUAGAUUCCUUCAAUAGAGAUGUGGAAGCAUAUGAGAGGGAGAUGGAUUCCUUUGGUCUAGGUUUUGGCGACUUUAUUUUGGGCCGUACGAAGGAAGAUAUAUUUGAGUCUACAGCUUGGCCAGAAUAUGAAGCACGUUCUAAAAAGGGGAAAAAAUCGAAGUAAUCCUAACCUGUCGAAAAGAAGUUGUAUUCACUUUUGCUGUUUGUAAUUUAUAAGCUUGGAAAUGACUGUUUGAUUUUUAUCAGAUUCAAUAAUUUCAAUAUAAUUAAUAUUUAAUUUCAUAAUUCUUAAAACAUUUUAUUUUAGUUAAAUAUUUAUCAUUAAAUUUAUAAAUUUAAAAUUUAUAAAUUAAGUUAAAAUUACAUAGGUAUUUUAGUUGAGAAAACCUUUCCAAUUUCUUUCAUAUUGUACUUAAUUUGUAGACAGAGUAAUUUUUUUUUGAUUGAUGCAUUGUUGGUUUCAGUAGUUAAAUUAUUUUUUGUGAACGUAUCAAAAGAAAUGUUUAUGUGUGUAAAGUAAUUAUGUGUAUGAGCAGAAAGAAAUAAAGAGCACAAAUAGGUCUCAAUCAUCGAUUUUGAGAUAUAUUGUCGUGGAGGUGAAAUAUUUUUUUCAUCCUUCCUGAAAUGGAAAUUUUCAGUUCUAUGGCGUUGAAUGUACUUUCUUCUUAACAAUGUAAAAUAAGUAAAUGGAUUAUACAUUACGACCUUGGCCAGCUGUUUGCAAACAAGGAUAGUUUUCCAAAGCUUUUCCAAAAUCUUAGCAAAAUAUGAACUAAAAUAAAGAAUAAUAUUGUGUAUUAAAAAACAAACAAACUGCGAAUUCAGGAAAUAAUUAUCGAAAAAAGAACAGAGAAAAAGAAUUCACUUUACCCUUUCAGGGGUAUAAAAUAUUUAUUUUUUUCGUGAAGAAAUUGUUAAUGAUUACAUAUUUAUGCAUAAGAGAAAAAAUAGAAUUUGUGUUGGCAUUUUUAUCGUUAUUAGAUAUUAAAACAGAACUUUUCUUAUAAUUCAUCAAUAGACUACUGCGUAACUAAGAUACGGAUCUGGUAAAUAGAUUCAGAAAAUCGGUGGUUUCUAUAAGAAAUCAUAUGUAAUAUCUAAACUAAUUGUCGAUAAGAACCUGAUCUUUUUAAUUUUGCAAUGAAUUUAAGAUUUAAAGGAAAUUAAAUUUUUUAAAGGAAAGGAUUUAAGGAAACAUCAUAGUUACUGCUGAUAAAAGUUAAAUACAUUCCUCUAAUUUUUUGUCUUCUUUGAACUUGAUAUGAUAUUCUAAUGUGACUAUAAAAUUUCUAGAAGGAAAGUAGUUAUUUCCAAGAAGAUAAUUUAAGUGUGUAAUUGAUGUCUUGAAAAUUACAUUACAUUUUUAAUUGGAUAAAUAUGCCUUUUGAUUAACAGCAUAAUAUUCAUUUAGUUUUCAAUUUUUAACUUGUAUAUAAUUUUCUCGUUCGAGCAUUCGUGAAAAGGAAAGAAUACAGUUAUAGAAAGCGAAGCAUUUGUUUUCUAAAAUUUAUGCUGCAUGUAUGCUUUUUGAAUGAUAAUUCAACAAUCUUCAAUUUAGAAAGAAAUAAAAAGGAAUAUCGUUUUCGAAAACACGUAAUGCCAUUCUGAAAUUUAUUGAAAAGUCUCUGAAGUCUUUGGUUUUUAUAGAAAAAAAACGAAAUUUCGUUAAAAAAGAAUAAUUUUUAAAAUAAAUUUAAACAAUAUGUCUGCUGGCUAAGGUUCUAAUGAGUAAUUGCAAUUUUAAUCACUUUUAUGUGAUAAAAAUUUUACGACUUACAAUAUAACUUUAAUUCUGUAGAAUCAAGCAUUUAGCUGUUAUAGUUAAAAAGAAUUAAAACGUGCACUGUUUCUAUUCUGUGAAUUUCCGUGAAUGGUGAUGUAAAUAUUCCUUUCUUUGACAGAAAUUUUUAAAAAAUUAUAUUCGAAAUAACUCUAAAAUAAUUAUUGAUAUUUAAUAUUUAUGAUAAAGAUAAGGUCACUGAUGACGGCAAAUGAAGAGAAAUGUACUUUUAUUAUGUUACUCUCUUGUUGGAAGUCAAGCUAUAUCAACAAAUAUUAUGUGCAUGUGCUUUUAAAAAGUUGUUAAUAUAUAUUCUUUUAUAUAAAAUUGCGAUUUUGUACAUGAAAGUGUAUUUUUCUGCAAACUUUCAUCCUAUUUAG